CGCAUUAUCUUUGUUGUUUGACAGCAAUCGAGUCUCAACUCAGUACGCGUUGUGGUUCGGGAUAAAUUUGUUUUUGUCGGAAAAUUGUUCGAUAUUUUCUCACUUUUAAAAUGAUUAUAACUAAACAGAACAGAGUGCUUGCCGUUUCACUGCGGAUGUUUGAGCCGAGUAAAAACUCCUAGGAAGACGUCCUUAAUAACACACAACACCAGUUCCCUAGUUUCUUUCUAAUACUCUUUUUUUCUUUCAUCUAUAUUGUAAAUAUUAAUCUUGUAUAUAAAACUGUCUAAGAAGUUUGUUAUGAAACGAAUAUUUUCACGCUAUCAUUCGUAUAAGUAAAAAAAAGAUCACAAUCUUAUAUUAGAGCUCCGUCAAAUAUUUGCUAAAACGAAAUUUUCUCUCGAUUCUCUUUUGAUACACAUUUUAUAUAAGCUCUCGCGGCAGAAAAUAGCUAUAGAGUUCUUGAUAUUGGCCGACUGUGCGCGGCUAUUCAAAAUGUCAUUUAUUAUUUGAGUGAUGAGAAGUAAUGCUUAUUUUUCUUGAGUACGGCAGCAAGUCUUACAGUUUCCUAUUAGAGUUAUUUCCCUCUUUAAGAGUUAUUUUCUAACACGUUAUUAACGUAUUCUAAGAAGCUUAAAGUAAACGUUUGAGGAGUCGUGCGUUGUUUUUCGGUACGCAAAAUGUCUUCGGAUCCGAAAAGUAUAUCUUCGGGAGUAACCCUUCCGCAAUGGAUGCGAUCUAGAAUAGAGAAGCCUGAUGAUGGUAUACCUUUUUCCCCACCAUCUCAUGACGAAUUCUUCUACAUACGUUAUCCCAAGACAAGUUCCAAUGAUUCUGAAAAUAAAUCAGGAAUCAACAAAUUGACUGACAUGCUCAACAAGCAGCCAGAACAAAAGCCACAAUCUGUUGACUUCUCAAAACAUACAGAACCUUGCAAACUUUUCCUUCAGAAUGCAGAAACCAUAACAGCACCAAUAGACGGUGUCAAAAAUCCACCAAAACCAUUUGGAACUGACGACGGAUUUAAGGGUCCUAGCGCCGCCUGUGGCAGUUCAAUAGUAAAAGUUGCCCAGCUUAUGGUCAGUGGUCGCUCGCUAUCUUCGCGUGGAUUUACUGUGGCCAAUAUUGAAAAAUCUGAUUUCGAAGCAGAUAAUCCUCUACAUACAACAACAAUCGAAGAUCAACAGCAUCAAACCAGUGAACUUAUUCAACAACAAGAUUCGACUGAUUCUGAAGUGAAACAGUCACCAAACAAUCGCUUGCAUUCACGCCGCGGUUCAAAAUCUCUUCCAGCAUCCCCACUCGGCUCACCAAAAUCAAUGAGGAAAUAUCAGCCUAACCCCUAUUUUACUGGAAGUUUUGCACUUUCCACUGCAAAUCACUCCGAAGGACGUGGAUGGUUCCUGUCCUCUCUGCUGGGCGUACAGCGAGAGGCUGCAUCAACCACAUCCGUGAACGAGGAAGCAGAGGACGCAUAUCGACAGGCAAAUAACAACACAUCAAGUAGUACAGACAAAACAAACAGCACAAAAGACCUGAGUCAGAAGCCACUGAAGGCGAAACCCUCGGAAUUAAGGGAAAUGAAUUUCUGGUCUCCGACCUCCAUGUAAACAUACUUUAAGAUUUUUUUUAUCUUGUAUAGUUUUUAGAAUAUAAUAUUCACAAACAUUGAGAAACUUAAAAUACCCCUCUUAAUUGAAAGCAUAUGAUAUCUAAUUUAUUGAGUUUGGUAGGAAAAUACAAACGAGAGGAAUCAAAACAAAUCAAUCUCUGUGAAGUAUUCAAGAGUUUUACGCCUCCAUUGUUUACAAUAUUGUUUCCUUUCGAGCGAACGUAAUUAUUUAUACUUGUUGUGGCGUUAAUUAGUUGAAUUCCAGUAUCAUUGAUAAGUUAAUUUUAUAUCUUUGUCAUCUAAAAUUAUUAUAUUUCUUAUUCGGCCUUGCCGUAAUAAAUACAACUUUUCAUAUGAGAUUUUAUUUGAAGAAAAGUGAACGACUCUUUUACGUAUACUAUUAAGUAAGCUCUAAUAGUUAACUGUAAGAAAUUAUGUACGCUAUAGUAUUUUAUUUUUCAAAAAGUAAAAAAUACAAAAUCAUGCAGUUGAA